CUGGUUUCUGCAGAAUUGAAGUUUCUCUCUGUGGGGCCAGAUCUGGGCAUGUGGGCUCUAUAAAACUCCUGCUUUGCCUGGGGGGCUGGAGGAGAGCAGUCCCUGCUCCACCCUGCGAGUGCUGAACACGCCGGGGCUCUCCAUCUCCUGCCUCCACAGCUCCAGAUUCUGGCCCAGGAAGGGAACGUGGUGACAUCUGUGGGACCUCCAGGCAGGAAUAAACAUGUCAGCUUUGGAGCUGGGGAGGCAGAGGAGCUGUGCAGCUGUCCUUGGGUCACUCCUCACUGCUGCUCUCAUUGUCACUGUCCACAGUCGCUGCGCCGCCCCGCCGCGCUCGCCCUCGGCAGAGCCCAAGAGGAAGCUGGAUGGCAUCGAGUCCUUCCCCUAUGGCUACAGGAUGGAGUUUGUCUGCAGGCCAGGCUAUACCAGAAAUGCUCGCGUUUUAAACUUCCUCGUCUGCGGGGUGAACGGGGUGUGGCGUGGAUCGAGUGAAAUCUGCAUACCCAAGGCGUGCAGCAACCCCGGGGAGCCGGCCAAUGGCAGACUGGUCCUGCCUGGAGCGUUCACUUUUGGUUCCAAAGUGAACUUCACCUGCAACACUGGGUACAGACUGAUUGGACACUCUGAGAUUGAAUGUGUGCUCAGAAAUGAAGUUCUUACAUGGAACAGAGAUAUUCCCACCUGUCAGGUGAUUCCCUGUGCACCCCCUCCAGAAAUAGCGAAUGGGCAGCACAGCGGGAUGAACAAGGAACAUUUUGAGUAUGGGGACUCUGUCACCUACCAGUGCCACAGCACCAGGAAGGGACAGAAAUCUUUCUCCCUGGUGGGAGAGGCCUCAAUUUUCUGCACCAGCAGGGACAACCUGAACGGUGUGUGGAGCAGCCCAGCUCCAGAAUGCAAAGUGGUGACCUGCGAGCAGCCAACAGUGGAGAAUGGGAAGCUGCUGAGCAGGUACCAGGCUGAUUACAGCUUUGGGGACACGGUGGUGUUCGACUGCAACCUCCGCUACAGCCUCAGCGGCAGCCCAGCCUCCACCUGCAGGGACAGCGGCCUCUGGGAGCCCCCCCUGCCCCUCUGCCAGCGCAGCAGCUGUGACGACCCCCCAGAUGUGAGGAAUGCCAUGAAAACCAGGCUGGCUGGCAAUCUGUUCCCUGUGGGCACCGUGGUCACCUACGAGUGCCAGGAGGGCCACCAGUUCAGAGCAGGGAAAACCGCCUGGAACAUCAGCUGCCUGCAGGACUUUGUGUGGAGCGAAGCCCCAGCUCCGUGUGAAAGAAUUCCUUGCCCAGAUCCACACAUCCUAAAUGGCAGGCCCUUGCACCCGUGGGAAGUGAAAGAGGUUUAUGAGAGCGGGGACACGCUGGAGGUGACGUGCAGUGAAGGAUUUGCUUUCAAAGGCCGUGGCAGCAACGUCAUCCUCCACUGUGGCAGCGAUGGUGGAUGGCAUCCAGCAGUGCCAGAGUGCAUUCCAGAACAACGUUGCCCAAAGCCAGACAUCCCUCAUGGAAAGGAGGUUUAUAAAAGCAGCAGUGACUACACGGUGGGGGCCCAGGUGAGGCUGGCCUGUGAGGAGGGCUUUGCCCUCAGGGGCUCCGAGACCAUCACCUGUGGGGCUGAUCUGAGCUGGGAGCCCGAGGUGCCCUUCUGUGACAAAGUCUGUGGGGCCCCCCCACAAAUCUCCUUUGGGCAGCACUCUGGCAGAGAUGGCAAGGACUUCUACUAUGGCACCAAUGUGACCUACAGCUGUGCAGAGGGGCUGUCCCUGGUGGGGGACAAGGCCCUCUACUGCACCUCGGAGGAUGGGGAGAGCCUGAGCUGGAGCGGGCCUGCCCCGCAGUGCAAGGUGGUUCGGUGCCCCAAGCCCGUGGUGGAGAGGGGCAGGAUGACCCCACAGACGUUCACCUUUCCCUACGGGCUGCUGCUGCACUUCUCCUGUGAGCAAGGCUUCGGGCUGCGUGGUGCUGCCCAGAGCCAGUGCCAGGCUGAUGGCACCUGGCACCCGCCCCUGCCCACCUGCCAGCCAGUUCGGUGCCCCAGCCUCCCGAGGCGGGAGGACGUGAUUGUUCAGUUCAACAAGCUGUGGUAUGAGGUGAAUGAAACUGUGCCCUUCUACUGCAAACAUGGUGGGCACGCAGGGGCACCUUCCAGAACCACCUGCUCAGCUGAUGGCACCUGGACACCACCACCCACAUGUAGGAAAAAUGAGGUGUGUGAGAGGGUUCUUCGAAACAAAGCAGCUUUCCAGUGUGGAAUUCCUCUGUCGGACCUGAAAACCCAGCUGGAAAUCCAGAAGCUCCUCCUGGAGAUCCAGAAACUUGAAAAGGAGCUAAAAAUCACCACCUACAAGGCUCAGUGUCCCAUCCCUUCCAUCGCACACGGGCAGCUGAUCUCUGCGGAGAACUUCACCCACGGCAGCACGGCCACGCUGCAGUGCGACCCCGGCUUCGUGGGCACUGCCACCACGGCACGCUGCACGCCCAGCGGCAGGUGGUACCCACGGGUGCCCUCCUGCCUCCCAGGGCAGUGUCGCCACCCUCCCGCUGUGGAGUUCGCCGAUUUCCAGCCCCGGCGGGAGUUCCCGGUCGGGGCCACGCUGUCCUACUCCUGCCGAGCCGGCUUCUCCGCGAUCCCCGGAGUGUCCCCAAGCAUCACUUGUCUCCAGAACUUCACGUGGUCCGCGGCGCCCAGGCUGUGCCGCAAGGUGCAGUGUCCCAGCCCGGCCAUCCCCCACGGGACACAGAGCAGCCCCAGCAGGGCCGAGUACACCUUUGGCGAGCAGGUGGAGUUCCAGUGUGACCACGGCUUCAUGCUGCGGGGCAGCGACAGGGCGCAGUGCUCCUCCGACGGGAUGUGGAGACCCCCCGUGCCCCACUGUGACAGGGUCUGUGGUCCCCCUCCCACCAUCAGCAACGGGCAGCACUCUGGCAUGGGCUUCAGGAAGUUCACCUACGGCUCUGAAGUGAAGUACAGCUGUGCAGAGGGGCUGUCCCUCAUCGGGGACAAGUCCCUCUACUGCACCUCCGAGGAUGGGCAGAACCUGACCUGGAGCGGGCCUGCCCCGCAGUGCAGGGGGACAUCCCUGUCCCCAGACCUGGACGUGGCCGAGGCUCAGGUUGGCUUUGGUCACCCCUGCGGACAAGGAGCCAGGGCUGUCCCCUCGCUGUCCCCAAAGUACGGCUCAUGA